AUGUAUGAACGUUUUCCUAAUGAAAUUCUAAUCGAAAUUUUUCAAUAUCUAUCUACGAUAGAUUUAUUUCGAUCAUUAGUAAAUAUUAAUUCAAGAAUUGAAUCACUUAUUAAGCAUUCUACUCCGUUUAAAAUUGAUUUAUCAUGUAUUACUACUAAAUCCGAGUAUGACUAUAUAUGCAAAACAAUUUUAUUAUCAUCAUCAUCUCCGUUACAUUAUUUAAAACUGAGCAAUCUCAUUGUUCAAUGUGAAAUACAAUUAUUCAUCAAUAUGUUUGAUAUUAUGUGUUUAUUUUCAAAUUUAAAAUCAUUAUCAUUGCUUGAAGUCAGAUUAUCCGAGUUAUCCAUUAUUAUACCUAAAUUAAAGAAUGUCAGUUAUUUAUCUAUUAUAAGUGAACAAAUUGAUGUAAGUAAAGAUCGAAAAUGUUUGUAUUCAUUAAUAUUUUGUAGUGAUUCCAGUUUAUCAUUAUCAUUAAAUACAUUAAUAAUUAAACUUUACAAUAAUCAUUUACAACGAGUAAUAUCUUAUACAUUAGAUGGUUUAGAAGAAACGAUAAUAAAUAAAUUUAAAAAUUUAAAAUAUCUCGAUGUUGACUCAUGUUAUUUAAAUGAUUUAAAAAAGUUAUUUAGUUACAUACCGAAUAUUAAACAUUUGAAUGUUAAUUUGUUUCCAAGUGAUGAUCAAAUCGUACAUCAAUAUUAUUCGAUACCUUGUUUAAUUUGUUUAACAUUAAAUAUCUAUAGUGAUCGAGUAAGUAAGGAGAAAAAAGCAAAAUGUGGUGCGAGAGAGAGAGAGAGACCAAUGUCGUUAAACAAGUAA